GACAAAAUGGAAAGAAAAUUCGAGAUUUCUGUAAGAGUAGAAGUUUCUAUGGUGUGCAGUUAUGUUGCUACGUCGGGUCCUGGAAGUUAACGUGACCGUCGUGCGAAAUCCCAGUAUGACCAUCGAGAGAACGACAAUAACCUUGAGAAACGAACAUUUCCCAGACAUUACCGAUCUCUUCAUCGAUGUCGAGACAAUCUGCGACGAGCAACCGUUCAGAAUUUAUUGCCGGAUCUCCGAGCGGGACUACGUGCCCGUGUACAACUUUAUCAGCUUUAAAGGCGGCUUCGAGCUGAUAUGCAGUCCAAAACUUUAUGUGGUCGUAGACGAACCAGUUCUCGACACUCCGUCGACUAGGAGCGGAAGUAGAGAUUCGAUACGAAAAAGCAGUUAUUUCGGGGAAAUUAGUAGCAGAGGUAGCGAAGAAUUUAAGGUCAAAUCUGAUGUACCGUCGACAUUGAUGUUGUCCGAUAUUGAGAUACUGCAGUGCGCUCUAUCUAUCUUAAAAGAGUGUGACGAUGAUCCUGGUGUAUCUUUUCGUUAUUUAUUCGUGAAUACACCUCCGUUACACGGACGUGAAUUAAAAGACACGGACAGACAAGUGAAGGUUUUGGUGAAGGGUUUCCCACGGCCCAAAGCGAAGCCUUCUCACGAACCGUUUCCGGAAGUGAGGAACAUACUCUCUCAGGCCACCAGCAAGGGCUCGAAGAAAAGAAGAACGUAAAAUUGUGUCGAGUUUUUCUAUAUCUUUCAUUUAAUUUCCAAUCUUUCGAUUUCAAUGCGAAUAGUUAACGAAGUCGAUAAAUUCACUAUCUGCGUGAAUAAGCUAAAAGUGUAAUGUGAUAUUGUUGUAAAAAUAUUUUGUAUAAAGCUUGGUAUAUAAAAUAGGAAAUUUAAAUUCCUUUCUGGAAUCAGUUUGGUCCAAGAUUUCGGAUAAUUUUGAUCAAGCGGUGGAAUAAUUAACGAAAGCUGGAUAAGUGCAACGUUAUUAGGAAACGUAAAUAAAAUAAGUUGCAUUUUAUUUUGCCAAGGUACGGAAAUAUAGUGAAAUAGUAAAUGCUUUACAGAGGUGCAUUAUAAUCUAAGAAUAGAUUGGAAUAAUAUAAAUUAGAAAUGAAACGUUGCGUUAACACAACAUUGGAUUUCAAUAAACGUAUACACAGGAGAGAACGAUAUAGA